AUGGUUGAACAAUUGAAAUUUAUUGUUGAACAAUUAAAACGACCACCAUUCAAUCGAAAAGAUUACAAUAUUCUUACGUUUGAUAAUUUAACAAAUAAUCAAUUAUUACAGGUUUUAACGGAUGUCUUUGCUGUGGUUGAUCCAUAUGAUCCAUCGCAUAAAAUCGAUAUUCGUGAUGAAGAACCGGAUAAAACUGCUACUCGACAUAUGAAUACAUUAAAAAUGCUUGGUUAUCGUCCGAAACUUGAAACGGAUGUCAAUACAUUUCGACAGAAUUUAGUCAGUGGUGAUAAAAGUGUUGUUUUUCCUAUUUUACAAUGGUUACUUGAAAAAAUACCUGAACAUAAAGAACGUGCUUAUCUAGGCAGGUAUUUAUCGAGAAUAGACGUGCCAAGUGAAUUUUUAAGUGAUCCAGAAAUUGCUGAACAACAUGAACGAUCUGAUGAAUUAAUGGAAGAAUUUAAAGAAGUUCAUCGUGAAUAUAAAGAAUUAACAUCAACACCACAUACAAUCGAAGAUCUUCGACGUGAUAUAAAACAACUUGAAGAUGAAAAAGAAACAUUACAAAAACGACUUGAAAAACAAAAAACUAAAGUACAAAAAGUCCCAGCAUCACAAAUUGAAUUAGCAAAAACUUAUCGACAAGAAGUUGAUAAAGAAGAAAAAUUAAAUAAUAUGAAACAAGAUUUAAAUAAUGUUAUACAUCAACUUGAACAAAAAAUACAACGGCUCGAACGACAAAUAGCUGAUCAACGUUCAUCAUCGUUUGAUCAAUCACCUGAAGCAAUUAUGAAACGAAUGGAAGAAGAAAAUCAAGUCAAUAGUUAUUUAGUUACGGAUAAAUUUCCAAAACAAUUGAGUCAAAUGAAAAUUAAACUUAAAUAUUAUGAAGAAGUAACAAAUAAUAAAGCUUUAGGACAAACUGAAAUAACUAAUUAUCGAGCUAAAAUUACUGAAUUAAAUUCUGUCAUUAAUAAACUUCAUGAAAAACGUGUUUUAACUAAAGAUCCUACAGCUGAUAAUUUAGCUGUAUUUCGUCAGCAAGCACUUAUUGUUGCUCGAAGAAAAGAACAAGCUGCUGAACGUUUAACUCAAUUACGUGCAGAAAAUGAUGCACUUGAGAAACAAUUUGGUCAAAAUCUACCAAUGGGUAAAACUGGUGCGUCUUCAACAGCAAAAUCGAGUGGACAAAUACCACAAGGAGAAGAAUUUCAACGUUAUGUUAAUGUAUUACGACAUAAAAGUAAUUCGUAUAAACGAAAACGUCAAGAAAUUAAUGAUAUGACAGCUGAAUUACAAUUAUUGAAACGGACAGAAGAACUUCUUAAGGAACAAGUUGAACAAAUCAAAGGUCGAAUGGGUAUGGAAGAACGUAAACAAGGUAUUGAAGGUUAUUUUUCAACGCAAGAACGUCUUGAAGAAUUAUCUACAAUGAAAAUGGAACAAGAUGAAUUAAAAGGCAAAACAUUAGAUGAAAUAACAGGUUUAAUUAAAACAUUAAAUAAUCGAAUAUCUUCAAAAAAAGCUGAACUUGAUCCAAUUCUUAAAGAAGUUAAACCCUUACGAGCUAAAAUACAAGAAUUACGAAAUGAAUAUGAAGCAAAAAAAAGUAGAUACGAUGCACUUAAUGCUAAUUUUGAAACCAGUCGAUCAACACUUGAAUCAGAAGUUCGUGGAUUUUAUGAAGAGCAAUAUGCUCAAGAAUCUCGUUUUCAUACAUUGAGAGCACAAAUGUUAAUUAACGCAGUGCAAUUAAAACGAGCUAAUGAUGAACAAAGUUCAUAUAUGUCAAAAGAUAAAGCUACAAAAUCAAAUAGAGAACAACUUAAUAAACAAAUAAAUGAUUGUGAAGUACGUGUUAAAAAUAAUCGAGAACGACAAAAACAAACAAAAGAUGUUCAAAUUGAUGGAACAAAACAAUUAAAAUAUUGGCGAGAUCUUCUACGUAUGAUGGAACUUAAACGGAAAAUAGCCAUGGGUGAAUCUUAA